UCGAGAGUUCGAGCCUCUCUCACCCCAAAGUCUUUUUGUUUUAAAUUAUUACUAUUAUUUUCCUUUUCGUUUUUUGCCCUAAAAUUUUCAAAUAUUUUGCGCCAAAAUUAUAAUACAAAUUGGCAUAAAUUCCAUUUUCAAGAAAAAUUUGGCCCAAGAAGAUGAAAAAACAACCUGAAAUUCUACCAUUAGGACAACGUUCAAUUGCUUCAACUUUCCUUUUUCGUUCUCCAAAUCAGUCUACUGGUUGUGAGAAGAAAGUGGAAAGCAAAGCUGCCAAUCAAAAGGGUUCAAGCAUAUCUCUAUCUGACUUCCUCAGCAAAAAAUUGCACAAAAGUCCUGUUUUGCCUGGAGUAGUUCCGGGAAAGAAGUUCUCGGUGCCAACAAGCAGUAAAGACACAAGUAAGUGCAUUAAUGGACAAAUCAACCGUUCAAAAUAUGGAGAAACAGGAGUUCCAUGUGCUCUUGAUGCUAUUUUUGAACAAUACAAGAACACCAUGAAAGGGAACCAAGAUGUUUCUGCUCCUAACGAUUCUGGUGAGGUUUCCGUUUCCUUCACAGAUGAUGUUAGAACAUCAAGAAAAAGAGGCCUUACUGAAGGGAGCAGCGGAACCCAAUCAGCUCGAAAGGUUUUGGCAGUUCUUGGAGAAGGUUCAGCAGCAAAGCCGAGAAGAAAAGUGAGAAUGCUCGAUAACAUUGAGAAACCUAAUACUCUCUUCAACCAUUAUGCAAAUGGAGGUGGCUGGUGGGAUUGCAACAUGGAAGGCGUUGAUAACGAAGAAGUGGGAUGUAAUGAAGUAUGGGAAGGAAUGGGUUCUACUACCCUAGGGGGAUUGGAAUGGCACUGAACUAAGCGACGCGAGGAGAGAAAUGAAUUACAUACCCGAUGAAAGUCCAUGGUUUGGGUCUCGAGAGGGUAAAGUGUAUGCAGACCUUACCCCUACCUCGUAGAGAUAUAGAAGAUAUUGUUGCUAUCGAGACUCUUGAUGUCUAGAGUUGUUAGCCUAUUGUAAUAAGAUAUGUUAAUCUUAUAUACUUUUUGUAGACAUACUAAUCUUCCAAUUUAAUAUGCAUAAUAUGUUGUUGACG